UUUAAACGCCCCUUUUCCCAUUAUAUCUUAUAUUUUACACAAUUAUUGGCCCAAAUAUUAUAAUUAUUUUUUUUCUUUCUAAUUUUUGGGGUUUUGUCCUUUUACAGGGGGAGAUAGUUUUGCAAUUGAGUCCUCCCCAGACUAUCACCGACUCAGCACCAUCGUCACCCCAUCAUCACCGCCGUCGCGACCACAACUCAGUCCUCCCUCUCAAAUCUUGGUCGUCGAUUCUCAGACUCACUGACUCUCCUCCCUCUCGAACUCUAUCUCCCAGCCUGACUGACUGACUCUCCUCCCACUCGAAUCUCGAUAGCUGAGUUCCCUCCUUCAGCUCCUCUGAAGUCGACUCCGACCACCACCUGACGGUCCAUCUCGAAGCCAAAAUCUUCAAACAAAAGGUCUUGCACGGUGACAGGAUCUGUUUUGGCUGGUAUUGAAGGGGCAGAUGGCGGUUUUCAGUUUCUACAAACUUGUAUAAAAUCUUGAAGCCUCAAGACUUGCUAGUGUGUGCUGUCAAAUUCUGAGAUUAGGAUGGGUUGUGGGUGUUCCAACCUCUCUGCGUGUUGUUGGGGCCCAGAAGUUGACGGACCAGUUCUUGAGACCCAAAGUGUGGAAAAUGAGGAGAGCAAUGAACUUGAUUUGCCUGCAUUUCAUGAAUACACAAUCGAGCAACUUAGGAUGGCAACAUCUGGAUUUGCUGUGGAGAAUAUAGUUUCUGAACACGGGGAAAAGGCCCCAAAUGUGGUUUACAAAGGGAAGCUUGAGGAUCAAAGACGGAUAGCUGUCAAAAGAUUCAACAGAUCAGCUUGGCCUGAUACCCGACAAUUUUUGGAAGAAGCAAGGGCUGUUGGGCAGCUCCGGAACACCCGAUUGGCAAAUUUACUUGGUUGUUGCUGGGAAAGUGACGAGAGACUACUUGUUGCUGAAUAUAUGCCCAAUGAUACAUUGGCAAAGCAUUUAUUCCAUUGGGAAACACAACCCAUGAAGUGGGCAAUGCGGUUAAGGGUGGCUUUAUAUCUUGCACAGGCCCUUGAAUAUUGUACCAGUAAAGGACGUGCCCUUUAUCAUGAUUUAAAUGCAUAUAGAAUUGUCUUUGAUGAUGAUUGUAACCCUAGACUUUCAUGCUUUGGUCUGAUGAAAAACAGUAGAGAUGGAAAAAGCUACAGUACAAACCUGGCAUUUACUCCUCCUGAGUAUCUAAGGACAGGAAGAGUUACUGCAGAAAGUGUAAUGUAUAGCUUUGGCACCCUUUUGCUUGACCUCCUCAGUGGAAAACAUAUUCCUCCGAGCCAUGCACUUGACCUUAUUCGCGACAGGAAUCUUCAGAUGCUAACAGAUUCUUGUUUGGAAGGCCAAUUCUCAAAUGAUGAGGGAACAGAAUUAGUCCGUUUGGCUUCAAGAUGUUUGCAAUAUGAACCGCGAGAGCGUCCUAAUCCAAAGUCAUUAGUUGCUGCCUUGGUUCCUCUUCAGAAGGACACAGAGGUUCCUUCUCAUGUAUUGAUGGGUAUACCACAUGGUGCAGCAGCUUUACCUAAUCUAUCACCAUUUGGUGAAGCUUGUGUGAGGACGGAUUUAACGGCUAUUCAUGAGAUCAUAGAAAGUAUUGGAUACAAGGAUGAUGAAGGUGCAGCAACUGAGCUUUCAUUCCAGAUGUGGACCAACCAGAUGCAGGAGACAUUGAACUCAAAGAAAAAGGGUGAUGUUGCUUUCCGUCAUAAAGAUUUCAGAGCUGCAAUUGAGUGCUACUCCCAGUUUAUUGAUGUCGGAACCAUGGUUUCCCCGACAGUUUUUGCACGCCGUAGCUUGUCAUACCUCAUGAAUGAUAUGCCACAGGAAGCCUUGAAUGAUGCGGCACAAGCCCAAGUGAUUUUCCCUGUUUGGCACAUAGCCUUGUAUUUGCAAGCUGCAGCACUUUUGGCACUUGGAAAGAAUGACGAGGCACAGGUAGCCCUCAAAGAGGGUAGUGUACUUGAAAGUAAAAGGAGUGCAAGCGCUUGACGGUUAGCUGCUAAAGGUGGAACAUGAAUCUCUUUCCUUUGUAUUGAACCGCUCUUUUCCGGAAAGAUGAGCACUGGACAGGGACUCUUAGUCAGGAGGUUAAUCAGUCAUCGAGUAGGCCGCAGAGACGGAAGAGAAGCAAGUCAUUAAUCUUCUAUUGCAUGACUGGUUCGUGCGUUGUGGAUGUUGAAGCAUUCUUUGGCAAAAUUUACUGGACGGGUUGGUUUGGUCUCUUUUGUUUAUGACGAAUUUGCCCUUCAUUGUUGUUCAAAUGACCUGUUUCCAAUACAAGAAUGUUGGGGAAAUAAUCACAUCAUAUGAUGCAUUUGAAACGUUAUAUAUAUUUGUAAAGGAUUUAAUCUUCUGUUGUUUUGAUCUUGCAUUGAAAAAGAGGUGAAGAGAAGUGCUGACAAUGGCAUGUUUGUAA